AUGGGACGCGACGAGUUUUCGUGCCUUGUUUUGCAGGAAUUACAUCGCUCAGACGUAUGGCAAGAAAUACACAUUGCCACAAAUCCCGAUGAGAAAGUUGACCGCGGCUCGCGGCUUUCGGUCUCUCCCUUGAAAAUCUUGGGUCAUUCGCUUGCAUUACCUGUUCACACGAUACCCACCAAAACAGAAUUCAAGAACUGGACGAUUCCACCACCAUUUUCCGACGUCAAUCCUUCUGCUCAACACGUUAUCAUUACAGCCUCUUUUGGCCGCAUACUACCCUUGAAAAUGCUCAAGUUAUUUGCUUCAGAUCGUCGACUCAAUGUUCAUCCUUCCCUUCUUCCCGCCUAUCGGGGUGCUGCUCCGAUUCAACACGCUAUUAUGAAUGACGAAAAGGAGACAGGCGUGUGUAUAGUGAAUAUGCUAAAGAGAUCAGAAGGCAUAGAUGCUGGUCCAAUUUGGGGGACUCAAACAUUGUCCUUGCCGGAAAAUGCAAUAUUCUCAGACCUACGCGACAAACUCGCGAUCAAAGGUGGACAGCUUCUCGUCUCUGUCCUUCGCGACAUGAUGGCUGGAAAAGCUGUCUCUAAAGCUCAGGCGCAAACGAAUAUUUCCUUCGCACCGACAAUAUCAUUCAAAGAUGCUACGCUCGACUUUACUACAAUGUCUGCAGAAGCCAUCGUCCGAACGUAUCGAGCUAUAGGACAUCAGCGACCUCUCACUGUAUAUCUGCCUACCAUCAAAACCCUACAAAUGCAUUCGCCCUCAGUACACGCUUCCCCUCCACCCUAUACACCUGCCGUUCCUGGGCGAGCGUGUUAUUCUAAACCAGACAAGGCAAUGUUGAUACGUUGUGCUGAUAACUCUGUCCUAUCCGUACUUAAGGUCAAGCAAGAAGGGAGAGCGCUCCUCGAUGCGAGGGAAUGGUGGAGUGGGGCAAAAAGUUUUGGUCUGGUGGUUGACAACGAAAUCAACUUUGAUAGUCAGGACGAUGUUGACCAGUGGUUAGAACCGGAGUUUAUUGGGUGA